CCGUGCUGCCGCCGAGCACGCACGCGCAUGUCGCUCGCUGUUACACCCGAUGUGAGGUGGCCCCCGCCGCUACCGCAGUGUCGCGCGACCCCCGCGCUUGUUUCGCGAUCGAGUGCGCCCGGUGAAGGCUCGAGAGCCUUCGCGCCGGCAAGACGCCGUCCACCGUGGACCUGAGGUACGGCGCCAUGGCGGCCACCACGUACAUGCCGGGAGAGCUGGACCUCGGCAACCUGGGCGGGUACCACGCCGCAUCGCCGCGCAGCGCCGAGCCCGCCGACAUGAAGUACCAGCACCACCUGCACGCGGCCGGCUCGCCGUCGCCCGCGCCGCUCAACCCCUGGGCCUCGCUGCCGCCCGGCGACCCCUGGGCCGUGCACCAGCACCACCACGACGUCAAGCCCGCGCCGCACGAGCACCGCCACCUGGCGCACGGCUGGCACGCGCCCGUCGUGUCCGCGCACUACGGCGCCGGCUCGCCCGUGGCGCUGCACGGCGGCUACCCCGUGCCCAUGCACCAGCACCACAUGCUGCGCGACGUGCAGCCCUCGCCGCACCUGCACCACCACCACGCGCUGGAGCGCGACCAGCCCGAGGAGGACACGCCCACCAGCGACGACCUCGAGGCCUUCGCCAAACAGUUCAAGCAGCGCCGCAUCAAGCUGGGCUUCACGCAGGCCGACGUGGGCCUGGCGCUCGGCACUCUCUACGGAAACGUCUUCUCGCAAACUACCAUCUGUCGCUUCGAGGCCCUCCAGCUCAGCUUUAAGAACAUGUGCAAAUUAAAACCGCUCCUGCAGAAGUGGCUAGAGGAGGCCGACUCGACCACGGGAAGCCCCACCAGUAUAGACAAGAUCGCCGCGCAGGGCCGCAAGAGAAAGAAGCGGACCUCCAUCGAGGUGUCGGUGAAGGGCGCUCUAGAGCAGCACUUCCACAAGCAGCCCAAGCCGUCGGCGCAGGAGAUCACCUCGCUGGCGGACAGCCUGCAGCUGGAGAAGGAGGUGGUGCGCGUGUGGUUCUGCAACCGGCGGCAGAAGGAGAAGCGCAUGACGCCGCCCAACACGCUGGGCGGCGAGAUGAUGGACGGCAUGGCGCACGGCCACUACCACGACGUGCACGGCUCGCCGCCGCUGCACGCACACUCGCCCGCGCUGUCGCCGCCGCACGCGGCGCACGGCCACCCGCACCCGCACCCGCAGCACGCGCACGGGCACGCGCACCCGCAGCACGGCCACUCGCUGCAGGGCGCGCACACGCUGGCCGCCCACUAACAGUUCGCCCCGUGGGCUCCGCCGCGGCCCUUCUACGCGGAGCCGCACUAGCCCGCGGGAGCUGACCGGCCGCAGUGAACAGUGGUGCUUGUGAGUGUGUAGUGAGUGCCGCCGCCCGCCCGGUAAGUACCGCCGUCGCCGCGGCCCCAGACGAUAGAGUGCAAUGUUAACAUUUAUUGAGGAGACCGCAGCCGGUCGCCGGGAACGGUUCUAAUUGUUUUGUUAUACUCUAGUUUGUUUGUUUGUUUGUGUUAUGGCCAGCCGGUACUUAAUAUUUAUAUAUAUAUUAUGUUCUCGGAUCGCUCAAAGAAUUAUCUUUAUAUAACCUAUUGUACAUUGCGGUGGGCUACUAGAGCUCUCCGCGUCUUAGUCUGGCCGGUGGCCGGUGGCACCGCCUCUUAGUUUUGUUACAGUAUCGUUUAGUUUCUGUGAAUGUAGUGCUAGUGCGUGUGACUCGCGAGGAAGGACAGAGACUUGUGGGGGGUGAGGAAGGGGGGGUUAAGGCGCGGGACACGGCGUAGGUGCCCCGCGCUGGCCCGAUCCGAAACAAACUUUAUUGUAAAUGUAAUUAUUUCGUUAUUCUCAACGAAGUUGACGAGUUGAUAUAUGUAUAUAACUGUAAAAACUAAAAUAGGUAAUACGGAUCAGAUGGCACGGGCCGUGCGAGCCGUGCGAGGCCGCGCGGGCCUCUCGUAGGUAAAUAAUGAAUAAUUAGUCUUAAAAUGUUUUAUAUUACGAUCUAAGUAUUUAAAUAAACCAGAGUAAAUAUUUUAAA